AUGGCCGUGGCACGCAAAAUCAAAACUUUGCUGACCGUCAACAUUCUCGUCUUUUUGGGGAUCAUCCUGUUUUCAGUAUACUGCCGAAUCCAGGACCGAUCCGAGGAGUUCGUCCAGAUCGGACGCGCUUCUGACCAGAGGCUGCGCGCCAGACAUGGUAAAGUUACCAACUUGGUGGACAGGCAGUCUAUUCUCCAGCGGCUUGAGAGGCUGGAGGAUGUCGUGUACAAUCAGCUAAACGGUUUAGCAAAACCCAUGGGGUUAGUGGAAGGUCCCGGAGGACUCGGUCAGGGGGGAGCUGCCGCUUCACUUGGGGAGGACAGCCGUGACGCCGAGGGGAAGUACGAAGAGUAUGGCUACAACGCUCAGCUCAGUGACAGGAUUUCCCUGGACAGGAGCAUCCCUGACUACAGGCCUAAAAAGUGCAAGCAGCUGACAUAUCCAGAAGAUCUUCCUCAGAUUUCAGUGGUUUUCAUCUUUGUCAACGAGGCUCUGUCUGUAAUACUGCGCUCCGUCCACAGUGUGGUCAACCACACACCAUCUCACCUGCUGAAAGAGAUCAUCUUGGUGGAUGACAACAGUGAUAGCGUGGAGCUGAAAUUCAACUUGGAUCAGUACGUGAACAAACGCUACCCGGGUCUGGUCAAGAUAGUGAGGAACAACAAAAGGGAAGGUCUGAUCCGAGCCAGAAUACAUGGCUGGAAUGCAGCCACGGCCCCUGUAGUUGGCUUCUUUGAUGCCCACGUCGAGUUCAACAUUGGAUGGGCUGAACCUAUUCUAACCCGAAUGAAAGAGGAUCACACCCGCAUCAUUUUACCUGCUAUAGACAACAUCAAAUACAACACAUUUGAAGUGCAGCAGUACGCCAAUGCUGCCCACGGCUACAACUGGGGACUGUGGUGUAUGUACAUCAUACCUCCACAGGAGUGGCUGGACAAGGGCGAUGAGACAGCCCCUAUCAGGACCCCAGCAAUGAUUGGCUGCUCUUUUGUGGUAGAUCGUGAAUACUUUGGACAGAUUGGUCUACUGGAUCCUGGUAUGGAAGUCUAUGGAGGAGAAAACAUUGAGCUCGGCAUGAGGGUGUGGCAAUGUGGUGGCAGUAUGGAAGUUCUGCCGUGUGCAAGAGUAGCCCACAUCGAGCGCACCAAAAAGCCUUACAACAAUGACAUUGAUUACUAUGCCAAGCGCAAUGCCCUGCGAGCAGCUGAGGUGUGGAUGGACGAAUACAAAUCUCACGUUUACAUGGCUUGGAACAUUCCCAUGAAUAACCCAGGGGUGGAUUUCGGUGAUGUUUCUGAGCGCUUGGCCCUGAGGAAAAGACUGCAGUGUCGAAGUUUUCGCUGGUACCUGGAACACGUCUACCCUGAGAUGCGGAUCUACAACAACACCAUCACAUAUGGCGAGGUGAGGAACAGCAAAGCAAGUGGCUACUGUCUGGACCAGGGCGCAGAAGAUGAUGACAAAGCAAUACUCUAUCCAUGCCAUGGCAUGUCUUCACAGCUUGCCCGCUACUCUACCGAUGGAGUUCUACAGCUCGGACCCCUGGGGUCGACUACCUUCCUGCCUGACACAAAAUGCCUUGUUGAUGACGGCAGAGGACGCAUUGCCAGUUUGAAAAAAUGUGAAGCAGUUGCCAGGAUUUCCCAGCGGCUUUGGGAUUUCACACAGAAUGGUCCAAUCAUCAGCAGGGACACUGGCCGAUGUUUGGAAGUGGAAAUGUCAAAAGAUGCCAACUUUGGCCUUCGUCUGGUGGUGCAGAGAUGCUCAGGUCAGAAGUGGAUAAUACGAAACUGGAUUAAGCAUCCAAGACACUAA